UCUCCGCACACGCUGCUGACAGACACACAGAACGGAGGUAGACGGAGUGAGCUGCCUGUGAGAUUGAGCUGCAGUCAGUUGUAGUUUAUAAAUGGAGGAUUCAUGUUUUCUUCCCAUUGGCUCGCGGUAUCAGAGCGACCGCUGUGUGUCUCAUCCCUACAGCCGUGACGGGGACAGACGCUCAAGACACUGAGACAGACAGAGGGAGAGAGAGGAGGGACACACACCGACUGACUCAAGUGUGAGAAGGCUGUCGGUCCAGCAAACACAUCGUACGGACUGGGAACCAUCUGACUGAGACAUGGGGUGUCGGCUCCCUAAGCUGCGUAAGGCGGAGGAGAGGCGAAGCCCGGGAAAUAUCUACUCCACCCUCAGACGACCUCAGGUGGAGACUAAAGUGGGUGUGGCGUACACCUACCACUUCCUGGAUUUCCUGUUGGGGAAAGAAGAGGUGCCGGUGUCCUCGGUGCUGUGUCUGUCCUCGGUCAGAGAGCUACCGGUUCAGGUGAGGGAACUCUACGCGCAGGGUUUCGUCCUGGUCGCCGUCCACCCGUUUGUUCAUCCCUGCGGCCCUCGCCACGCACACAUCCAGCGCCAGCUUCACCGGGCCGUGCUGGUCCGAGAGACGCCAAGUUCAGAGAAGAGCCAACUGAGGUGGGCAGGUCAUCGUCUGGAGACAGAUGUGUGUGUGGCGGGUCACCAGGCUGCUGACCCAGAGGUGAUCCAGAGCUACGUCAAGAGGAUCCAGGAUGUAGCGGAGCAAGGGGUGAUGUUCGUGGGCUUUCUCCAGCAGCCAGGUGGCGGACCCUGCUUCUUGGGGAACUGGGACCCCGAGGAGCUGUCAUCCUUACAUUCAAGCCCUUCGCCUAUACAUCGAGACCCCUUCAGCGCCAACACCAGCCCAACAGAUCCAACAGAAGCACAUCAAAAUGGCGUAGAACCUCUGCAUCACCCCUUUGAACCUCAAGAGUUAGAUCUUGAAAAUGUAGACUGUAGCACACAACCUUCGGCGCCCAGAGAACCAGACUUCAACCCUCUGAAACCCACCCAGAGUUCAGAGCUCAACACAGAGGAGUCUGAUGAACCAACCUCACAGAUCGGUUUCAAAGAGUCACUAGAAUCAACCAACCAACCUCAAAAUCACAGUAAACCUGGUGUGGAUGCACUUCAGUGGUGUCCAAGUCAAAACCUAGCAGAUACCCAAGGGAGCCAGCUGUGUCUCUCGGAAAGUACAGGUACAGUCAGACAGCAGGAGCACGGUCGGCCAGAGCACAAAGAAUCUACAGAGAAUCUAUUUCACCUUCCGAACCAGAGAGAAAGACGAAGUUCGAGCUCGGACAGCUGGCACAGCUCUCCGGAACUGGAUCACCACCACGAAAAGAAGUCCAGCUCUGUCUGUGCACAUGGACAAAGCAGAGUCACAACACACAACAACAACCACAUUCGGCUCAAGGGUUCAGAGAAAGAUAAGAACAUGACUUCACCGCCACCGCAGGGUAGGAUGCAGCUCUUUGCCCUGUACAACCACACAGGGGAGCUGAACACUGCUCUGAGGUUCUACUCGCUGAGGGUGCCACUUCGAGUACAAAAGGAAGCGGGGCUCAUCACGGAAGUCGACGCGCACUGGCUUGACCACAUGACUCAGCAUUUCACCAGCGGUGCGCACCUCAUCGACGGGUUCUUCCACCUUGGGGACGACAACGACAAUGGGGUUUCAUCUGUAGACGGUGUGUUCAUCUUCCAGAGCUCUGCAGAGGAGACCACAAACGCGUCCUAUGAUGCCAUCGUGGUUGAGCAGUGGACCGUUGUUGAUGGUGUGGUGGUGAAGACAGACUACAUCCCAUUGCUCCAGUCUUUAGCUCCAUAUGGAUGGAGGUUAAUGUGUGUGUUACCUACACCGAUUGUCAAGACCAACAGUGACGGGAGUUUGUCGACCAAGCAAAUCCUCUUCCUUCAGAGACCCGUUUUGCAACGCAAGAGAAAAGACUUCAAGAUGCUGAGCCUCAGGGGUCGCAGCAAGGCAAAGAAAAACUCUACAGGAGAAGAGGAGAGAGAGAACAGGUCCCCCGCGAUGGAGGCCGAGAUGGACAGGUUGGGAAGUAACACAAAAGAGGAGGAAGAGGAAGAAGCAGCAGAGGCGAGGAAGAGCAGGGGUAGUGGAAGGAGCGAAAGGGCGAGCCUUCAGGAAGGUGGAGAGGAGAGGGAAGAGGAUGCACGGCAUCAAAAGGGCCCCUUGUUCCUAUCAGGGAGCAGCGUUUCUCUUGAAGACCAGGAGGAGGAAACUGACAUUGACAAGAUCCUUCUGUCAGCGCAGGAGAAGUCGGUGAGAUGGACAGAUGUGUGUCAGAGAGAUGAUGGAGUGGUCAAGGAGGAGGUGAAAACGGAAGAGCGGAUCAAACACCAGCUGUUUUCUGGCGUCUGUUGACACAUUGGGCACAAGGCAGGGGAAGGGAAGCUGAAACCUGGUUAGUUUAUCAAAAAAGUCUUUUAAAAGUGUUUUGUUGAUCUGGAUUUUUAGCUCCUCUGUGGACGUUCCAGAUGUGGUCAUAUAUAGUGUAUUUACAUCACAUACUGGUGCUCACGCUUCAGUCUGCUCUGUUUAGGACGCGAGUCUUUGAGGUUGUAGCUACUGUAAAUUGGGAGAGUGUUGUGCAGUUUUUCUGCUUUGGGUCAAUGUUACUAUUUGAUGUGUCUUAAUAUGAAAUGAAAUGAGACUGUACAGGACAAUACAGUAGAACCCAGAAGCGGAAGAAGUCUCCAGUCUAAGCCUUAAGUAUUAUUUUCUUGCCUAUUGUUGUAUUUUACUACUUUCUCGUCAUAGGACUGUUAAAAAGGGAGUAUUGAUUUCACUGGGCUCAUUGUAUUUUUAUAUGUAAAGUAUAUAAAUGAAGAUAGGAAAAAACGUAACAAAGUAUGUAGGAAGCUGCAUUAAAGCCCAACUGAUACAUCUACAUUGGCCAAUUUUAGCUUAUUAGACAUCAAUAUCACUUUAAACGUUGGCCCAUAAACAAGAAACAGUACAGAUAUGCCAAAGAUGCUUGAGGUAAUUUAUAAACAGUUGUCAUCAUGUAAUUCCUCCACCAGAGUGAGUUUAUUUUUAAAAUGUUUCACUCAGUACAUAUCUUGGUCAUAAUUUUUCCAAAUACCAAAUUUAGGGAAUAAAAACAUAGUUGGAAAAAAUAAUGUCAACCAGUAUGUAGUUAUCAGAUUUUUUUUUUGUAAUUUUCAAAUUUGUCUUGGCCAAAAAAAUAAAUAAAAUGAAUAAAAUACAUUAUUACAAUACAGUAUCAGCCAGAUUCUACACUGCAUUUGGGCAAUAUGUGGUACAUUACUGGGUGUCUAAAUGUUAAAGGGUCAGUUCGUGUAACUUAUAUAAAAAAAAGACGUUUGUCAUCAGUUCUAGUAAAAUAGAUAGAUCUGGUUCUUUUUGGCUGGGAUUUGAGAUAUACUGUUUCCACCUCAGUAUGAUUUUGUGAUGCUUGUUUAAAAAAAGAAAAGUUCAGUAGUGAUUAUUAUUACUCUGGAUUAUCGACCUACGUACAUUUGACACUUUCCUUAGAGACGUAAUCUUUGACACUUUGCUGUUAAUCUUUGAUGCUGGGAGCAUCACAGAAUAUUUCUGUUCACCUCCAUUGUAUUGGUGCGGUCUCGAAGCCUGGCUAAACCACACCAAAGUUGUCUGUUUGGCAAGAUGCUACAAGAAAAUGCUUUUUAGUAAUUUGAGUGAACUGACCCUUUAAGGGUUUCCUCUACAGAGAACGUGUACAUUAGAAAUAAGCUAUUUAUUACUUAUUUCCUGGACCACCUGUGUUGUGUGUAAGUAAUGUGACAUGUAAGUCUUUAUAUAAAAGAGGAGGUCAAUAAAGUGUUAAAGGAAAUUGA